UGCAUGUGUGAGUACAUGUACAGUAUGUGUGUGAGUACAUGUAUGUGCAUGAGUACAUGCAUGUGUGAGUACAUGUACAGUAUGUGUGUGAGUACAUGUAUGUGCAUGAGUACAUGCAUGUGUGAGUACAAGUACAGUAUGUGUGUGAGUACAAGUACAGUAUGGGUACAUGUAUAUUCACUGCUCCAUAGGGGGUCAUGUGUUACUCUGUGAUGGCUUCUUGACUUGAGGUAUGACAUGUACUUUCGGAACUUCAAAACUUCGUAAGUAUUUUAAGUGAUUAGUACAUUUUUCUAGCAGUGACAAAAUAUUGGCUCUGAGUCAAGUUUGGUUAUGUACAGAAGGCUUUUGAACAUGUUACUGUACAUGAAGUGAUCUGGGGUUGGGUAAGUCGCUGUCGCAUAAAUCUAAUCUGUUGUACUGUUUUGUUUCGAUCAGAUACAAAUAUCACUUUCCUUGUAGGAAUACUAAGCUCAAAGGGUCAAACAAUCUCCAGUGAAAUGCUCCAGACCAAACCAAGCUGAGCUCAAGAUCUGGAGAUGCAGCAGCUCAGAACCCCAGUGUAUGAAAUGUCCCUCACGAGGAGUGGGGCUGCACAGUGCAGGAGCAGGCAGGAGCGGGACUGAAAAUUCUGUCCUGCGCAGACCUCUACAAGGGGCCAUUUAAUGGCACACUUUAUUUCUCACCUUUUGAAAAUCAGGGUUGUAGAAAAUGGGCUCCUCCUGGACACACCCAGUCUGAGAAAUGGAUUGAACAUUUUGACAUUCGACAUUUAGACGAAGUACUGCUUCAAAGUGCCAGUGUGGUACUACUGGUACCAGGUAAAAAAAAAGAAAAAAAAAGAAAUGCUGAAAAUAAAGUUUCUGAGCAGUUUCACCACACACAAAUGAUAACAACUUUUGCAGUUAUGACUAACUGCACGUCUGAUAAUAAUAUUCAUGCAGUUUGUUGGAUGCCUCAGACCAGACUUCAGAGGCUCAUGUCUCGUGUUUCUACUUCUAAUUCACUGCUCACUCACUGACUUAAAAACUUAUAGAACAAAAACUUGAAAAUUCAUAGGAAAAGAACAUUUUGUACAAAACUCUAAGCUACAGUUAGGGACCAGGGGUAGGCAGUGUCUUUCCACUGUUGAGGUGCUCUGUGCCAGUUUGGUCCCUUUAACAAUGGGGUGAUGGAUCUGUGUGUGGAUACGGUCAACACAAGGAAACACUGAGUAAGAGUCAUGGUGCUGUGGAGACGCACUGAGCAGGCUGCAGUUUGGAACACGUCCAUUCAGUGGCAGACAGCACUAUCCACUUUAAUGUUUUAGGUACUGGCACAUACAUGUCUUAUAUAAGCACACUCCCUGUAGUACGCUCUGUAUGAAGGAAGUGCUCGCAGCUAAAGUAUUAGCAGUAGCAGGAAAUAUGUAUUACAUACUGGAGUCGCAGAAGUAUUAGUGGUGACAGUAGUGAUAAGAACAAGCUUUAUGGUGCUCUGACACCAACAGUUGCAGUAGAGUUCAAGUUGUAUUCAAACAAAACAAAAAGUCAAUAUAAUAGCAGUAGUCACUUUUGUAGCAGUCACAAUAGAAAUAAUAUUAGUCAAAGUGAUUGUAACAGAAAUUGUACAAUCAAAGCAGUGCUAACAGAAGUAGUGCUAUUAGUAUUAUUAGUGUUAGUAGUAGUAGUAAAGUAGUAGUAUCAAUACAGAUAAAAGUACUGCGUGUAGUCCUGCAGCAGUACAGUACAAUGCAUAUGUGUGUGUAUGUCCUAGUGGAACUGGCACAUUGUGCAGCUCUGUUAUGUAAUCACAGUCCUCCCUCUUUCACAAAGUCAAGUAAAUCUGUAACUCAACGCAUUUUCCUCCUUCAUCCUCACACCAUCGACCCCAACCCCUCUGUGAAAGUGGGCAGGGUCUAACCAAGCCCCCCUGCAGCCACAGCCAAUCACAGUGCAGCUCAGCCUCUCCCUUGUCAUUAUAAAAGCUGGUGUGUUCCAGGGAGGUUCCAGCAGCCUGCCUGUUGUGUCCAGGAUCCAGCUUCUCUGCUCUGUCUCUCUCCACUGGAAACAUGUCUGUCCAAGCUGUGAAGAGCACGACCUUCUCCACGCGCGCUUCAUCCAGGGGCCCCUCCCAGAGCUUUAGCAGCCGCUCAUUCUCCGGCUAUGGAGGCGGUGCCAGCAGAGUGGUCCCCAGGCAAAGCUACACAGUCAGGAGCUCGUAUGGGGGUGGCAUGGGCUCCGCAGCAGGUGUGGGUGGGUUUAAGGUAGUCGGGGGUUACGUCGCGGGGGGUAAGGGAGCUGCAGGUGGAGGGGCUGUGGAGUAUGGUUAUGUGGGCUAUGGGGGGGAGAUGGGGGGAGGUAUGGGAGGGGGUAUGAUGCACGAAAUGCACGCGGCACCCAUCACAGCGGUCACGGUCAACAAGAGCCUCCUGGCGCCCCUCAACCUGGAGAUUGACCCCACCAUUCAAGCGGUCCGCACCCAGGAGAAGGAGCAGAUCAAGACGCUCAACAAUCGAUUCGCAACUUUCAUUGAUAAAGUGAGGUUUUUGGAGCAGCAGAACAAGAUGCUGGAGACCAAAUGGAAACUUCUCCAGGAGCAGACCACCACUCGCUCAAACAUAGAUUCCAUGUUUGAGGCCUACAUCGCCAACCUGAGGAAACAGCUGGACAGCCUGGGCCACGAGAAGGUCAAACUGGAGUCAGAUCUACACCACAUGACAGGGCUCGUCGAAGACUACAAGAACAAAUAUGAGGAGGAAAUCAACAAACGUAAUGACUGCGAGAACACUUUUGUGCUGAUGAAGAAGGACACAGAUGCAGCGUACAUGGUCAAAGUGGAACUGGAGGCCAAACUGGAUGCUCUGAGCGACGAAAUCAACUUCCUCCGACAGAUUUACGAAGCUGAGAUUAGUGAGCUCCAGGGACAGAUCAAAGACACAUCAGUCAUUGUGGAGAUGGACAACAGCCGGAACCUGGACAUGGACGCCAUCGUGGCCGAAGUCAGAGCUCAGUACGAGGACAUCGCCACCAGAAGCAGAGCUGAAGCUGAGACAUGGUACCAGUCUAAGUUUGCAGAGAUGCAGCAUUCUGCGGGCAAAUUCGGAGAUGACGUGAAAUCGACCAAAGCCGAGAUCGCAGACUUGAACCGGAGGAUCAUGAGGCUCCAGUCUGAGAUCGACAUGGCAAAACAACAGAGAGCCAACCUGGAGGCACAGAUUGCAGAGGCAGAGGAGCGUGGUGAGCUGGCAGUGAAGGACGCCAAGCUGAGGAUCCGAGAGCUGGAGGAGGCUCUGCAGAGGGCCAAGCAGGAUAUGGCCAACCAGGUCAGACAGUACCAGGAGCUCAUGAACGUCAAACUGGCCCUGGACAUCGAGAUCGCCACCUACAGGAAGCUGCUGGAAGGAGAGGAGAUCAGAUUAGCCACAGGAAUCAAGACCAACAUCUCCAAGCAGACAUCUGUGAACUAUAAUGCGUACGGCCUGGAGAGCUCACGCACUCCCUCGUACGUGGCCUGCUCCUUUGGGGGGAUGAAGGCGAGCGUCAGCCCUGUGAUCUGCGUUGAGCCUCCCACUGUGAAGAGCACCACCGUGACUAAAACCGAGACUGUGAUGGUGAAGACCGAGGAAGCCACACCGGUGCAAAAAGAGCCGGAGCCACAGGAACAACAGGAGCAACCGGAAGACAAGGAGGUCCAAGAGGAAGAAGCCAUUGAGGAGAAGAAGGAGCAGGAGCAGGAACAGGAACAGGAGAAGGAGCAAGAGCAGGUGGAGGCUGAACCAGCAGCUGAAUAAACCUGCACACGCCUGAGAUGAAAGCACUACAUUAUCUUACACUGAGAAUUCAUUCACCAAAGUGCUCUUCAACUGCUCAAUUGGGCCCUAAACUGGGUCAUCUGGAGUUUGAGGUUAUUGCAGAACUCAGUAACUUAUCUUGUUUUUCCCUGUCCAGUUAAAGGUACACUAAGCAUUUUUUCUGGUUCUCCAUGGAGAGCUUUGCUUUGCCUGGAUGCUCCACAGUUUAGCAUUAAAUGUAGAAAAGCAGGUGACGGCAUCAGGCCAAGUUACAUUGGGGAUGUCUGAUUUUCAAGCUAUUUAUAAAUCAAUGCCCAGUAACAAAAACCUGCAAGUUCAUAAAUGUGAAAUAUUUCAAGUUAAUGUCAUACUGUGGAUUCCAGGCAAUUUAAAAUUGUUUCCAUGGUGGCAGAGCCUCGAUCAGAAAAGUCACAUAGUGGACCUUUAACUGCAGUGGCCUCCCUCUCCAGUAUUCAUGUGAAGUUCUUCUGUCAUGACUAAAACUCGAAAAUAAAAUUCUCUGUUUGAAAACUGAUGUUGAUGAUGAGAUUUAUGAUUCUUUAUUCACAAAACCACAACUCAACCAAUGGCCACAAGUUCUCAAACAGUUGUGAAAGUGAAAAAAAAGUUACUGAGUUUUGUUUGAAGUUUAUAAUCACACUGGUCACAGAUAGGACCAGAAGAAGAGCUCAAAGUAAUCAUUUAUUCAAGUACUUGUUUUAGCGUACUGAAUUGACCUAUAAUAAUGUCUUCAAGCACAAUAUACAACACAGUAUGCAUUAUUACUGCUAUGUGCCUUAACAUGUACUUGAGUAAAAGUACUGAGCACCACUGUCUCAGUACACUGAGAACUAAAAGCACAUGAUUAAAACUAAAAUGACUUUCCAUGAGAGGUUCUAACACAACCCUGCACUGUACCUGGUUGCCCAGAAGGUGGCGCUGUUGCAAGUCUUGUCCCUGCUUUACUAGACACUGAAACUGCUCCUACUGAAAUGUAUCUGCUAA